UUAGCAGUUUUCUCGUUAACUUGUUCCAACAGGGUUAACGCUUAGCGACGAGUGGCAACACAACUGGAAUAAUAAUUACAGUACAGAUACGCAAACAUGGGAAAAAAGCACAAGAAACAUAAACCGGAAUGGAGGACAGUUGACGACUAUGAGGACAAAGCUCUUGAAAAGCCCUUGAAGCUGGUGCUCAAAGUUGGAGGAAGCGAGGUGACAGAGCUCUCUGGUUCAGGGCAUGACUCCAGCUACUACGACGACAGAUCGGACCACGAGCGAGAACGCCACAAAGAGAAAAAGAAAAAGAAGAAGAAAAAAUCUGAAAAGGAUAAAGACAAAUAUGUGGAUGAUGAGGAGAGAAGGCGGCGGAAGGAAGAAAAAAGGAAGAAGAGAGAACGAGAGCAGAAUGAAUCGGAGGCAGCAGCAGCAGCAGCUGCGACAGCUGCCACUAGCGGCGUACCUGUUGAACCUUUCACACUGACAAAAACAAUAACUAUUGGAUUAGAGCCAGAAGAGAAGAAAAAGAAGAAAGAAAGAUUUGAAAUAGAACCUGAAGUGGAAGAGUUUCACCCCAAUGUGAAAGUGGAAGUGGAGCAACAAGGAGACCGACCAGUCAGAGCCUGCCGGACACAGCAAGAGAAUGAGUCCACUCCUCGUCAACAACUGCUGGAACACUUUUUGAGGCAGCUGCAGAGGAAAGAUCCCCACGGAUUCUUCUCACUUCCAGUAACGGAUGCGAUUGCUCCUGGUUACUCGAUGAUCAUCAAACAUCCUAUGGACUUCAGCACCAUGAAGGACAAGAUUAGAAACAACGAAUACAACACAGUAACAGAAUUUAAGGCCGACUUCAAGCUGAUGUGUGACAACGCCAUGGUAUACAACCGACCAGAGACUGUCUACUACAAAGCUGCCAAGAAACUGCUUCAUACAGGAUUCAAGAUGAUGAGCAAGGAGCGGCUUUUAGCCCUGAAGCGUAGCAUGUCUUUCAUGCAGGAUAUGGAUUUCACCCAGCAGGCAGCCAUUUUAGGAGACGAAGACCUGACGACUGACGUGCCUCCUCCAGAGACCAUCCCCAUCCCAGUGGAGUCUGCAAAGAAGUCCAGGAAGCAGCCAGUCAAAGACAUGAAGGAAGUCAUCAGCUAUCUGUAUGAACCAGAGGGAAAUGCUUGCAGCUUGACUGACAGCACAGCAGAGGAGCAUGUUCUGGCGCUGGUUGAACAUUCUGCAGAUGAAGCUCGAGACCGCAUCAACAGAUACAUGCCAAACUCCAAGAUGGGCUACUUACGCAAAGAGUCGGACAGUUCUCUUCUAUAUACUGUUGUAAAUCAGCUGGAUCCUGAUGCAGAAGAAGAGGAAACCCAUAAAGUGGACCUGAGUUCUCUGUCAAAUAAGCUUCUUCCAGGAUUAACAACUUUAGGUUUCAAAGAUGACAGGAGACACAAAGUGACUUUCCUCAGCAGUGCCUACAACAUCCAGAGCCUUCAGAAGAACUCCAUCUUCCCAGACUUGCUGUCUGAUGAGAUGGACACGCUCUAUUCAGCCUAUGGAGAUGACACAGGGGUACAGUGUGCUCUGAGUGUACAGGAGUUUGUCAAGGGCUGCGGAAGUGUCACCAAGCAUUGGGUCGAUGGGCUUCUGGACAAGAUGACCGCAGGCGAUCACAGUAAAGCUGUGAGUCAGAUUCGACAGAAAAGAAACAUAACGCUGAAACCUGAUGAAACCAAGUCCAACAUCUGUGACAUUCAGAUGAGCGAUGGCGCUGGCCUGGGAGAGAGCAGUUCAGUGCUGGACUUCAUGUCAAUGAAGAACUAUCCUGAUAUGUCUCUGGAUAUUUCCAUGCUUAACUCAUUAGGUAAAAGUGUGAAAAAAGAACCAGGGAACGAGGAGGGUCAACAGAAUUUUGAUGAUGCUGACAAACUCCUGCAGGAGUUCCAGGAGGCUCAGGUCGACAGAGUCGGCUCCAGGCCCUCGUCCAACCUGUCUUCUCUAUCUAACGCGUCAGAGAGGGACCAGCACCACUUAGGAAGCCCGUCACACCUGGGUGUUGGGGACCAGUCUGAAAUGGUUCGCGAUCCCUACGAGUACCUGCAGUCUCCAGAGCCAGAGGGUUCGGCCAACAGCUGACCACACACACUGCCGUUUUGUCAUCCUUGUGUUAACAACACUGGGCACUCAGUGUUGGACUGUUCAAACACUGUGGACGCAACAAGGAGCCUCAGUCCUGCUUUAAAAACUGAAGACAAGUGUACAGACUGUUUGUAGUGUAAUUGUUUUUUUUUUUUGUACGAGCGCAACACUUGAAGAAUAAAUGUUUUUGUCUGUAUUUAUAAA